AACUCAUCGUCGCUCCAGAUCCAUCUUCUUGAUUUCCUGAUCUCUAGUUUCUGCUUUCUUUCCUUUUCCAACAUGGCUACUUGUUUGCUAUAUAAGUCCUCUUGUUUUUCCUGUUUUUUCUAGUUUUCUUUAUCUUUUUUUUUCUCUUUAUCUAUCUUCCCUAGAGAUUAUUCCUCAUAUCCUUUUUUGCAAUCACUGGCUUCGAAAAUGUCUAUUUCUUCUCAAUACUACCCAGAUGAGCCAUCUGCUCCAACCGUCAACACAACUGUCAUUCCUGGCCCAGUAUCUCAAAAAGCCAUUGCUGACUUGGGCAAAGUCUUUGAUUCCAGAACUGUUUACUUUGUUGCUGAUUAUGAAAAAUCUCUCGGUAAUUAUAUCUCUGAUGUUGAUGGUAACGUUUACUUGGAUUUAUAUGCUCAAAUUGCUUCCAUUGCUUUAGGUUACAAUAACCCUGCUUUGAUUAAAGCUGCACAAUCUCCUGAAAUGAUCAGAGCUUUGGUCGAGAGACCUGCUUUGGGUAACUUUCCAGGCAAAGAUUUCGAAUCAUUGCUAUCCAAAAUCUUAAAAGUCGCUCCUCCAGGCCAAGAUAAAGUAUGGUCCGGUUUAUCUGGUGCUGACGCUAAUGAAUUGGCAUUCAAAGCUGCCUUCAUGUACUACCAACAAAAGAAGAGAGGUUACAGCACUGAAUUCACUCCAGAAGAAGAAUACUCCUGUAUGCAAAAUCAGUCUCCAGGUUCUCCCCAAUUAGCUGUCUUAUCCUUUGAAAGAGCCUUCCAUGGUCGUUUAUUUGCAACCGCCUCUGUUACUCGCUCAAAACCAAUCCACAAAAUUGACUUGCCUUCUUUUAACUGGCCAAAAGCUGAAUAUCCUUCUUAUAAAUACCCAUUGUCCAAAUACGAAAAGGAAAACAAACAAGAAGAUGAUAGAUGCUUGGCUAUAGUUGAAAACUUGAUCAAAACCUGGGAAUUCCCCGUUGCUGCUUUGAUCAUAGAACCCGUUCAAUCUGAAGGUGGUGACAACCAUGGCUCUUCUUAUUUCUUCCAAGGUUUAAGAGACAUCACUUUACAAAACGACGUUGUUAUGAUUGUUGACGAAGUUCAAACCGGUGUUGGUGCCACUGGUAAAUUAUGGGCCCAUGAACAUUUCAACUUAUCUCCUGCUCCUGAUUUAGUCACCUUUUCUAAAAAAUUCCAAAGUGCCGGUUACUGGUUCCACGAUGAUAAAUUCAUUCCAAACAAAACCUAUAGACAAUUCAACACCUGGUGUGGUGAUCCAGCCAGAAUGAUUAUCGCUGGUGCCAUUGCUGAGGAAAUUGUUAAACACGACUUGGUUGAACACACUGCCAAAGUCGGCGAUUACAUCUAUAAUGGUUUAGCCAAACUAGCUGAUAAAUAUCCAAAGGACAUUCAAAACUUGCGUGGUAAAGCCACCUUCAUUGCUUUUGAUUUAGAAUCGCAAAAUGAUCGUGACAACUUCCUUUACCAGUUAAAAUUAAAUGGUGUCAACUGUGGUGGUUGUGCUGAGAACUCAGUUCGUUUACGUCCAACUUUGACUUUUGAAAAUAAACACGCUGAUAUCUUUCUUGCUGCUGUUGAUAAUGUCUUGUCUGCCAAACGCCAAUAAAUCCAAAUCCAAAUCCAAAACAAACUAAUAUUUAGUUUAAUACUCAAUUUAAUAUUCAAUAUGAUAUAAUAAUCAAUUCCUACCUAACAACACUACUAAUAUUCUUCCUCUCUUUUUGUCUGUCAUCUCGUUUAUAUUAUUAUGAUCUUUUAUAGUUGUACUUUUAUUUCCUCAUUUCCACAUACAUAAUUUUAUAUAAAUAAACACAUUUCCCUCUUUUCUAAAGAACAAACAAAAACAAAUAAACUCUGAUCCUGUAUCUGCGAUGAUUUUAGUGGGUUUUUAAACUUUUAACAUUUCUCUAAGGUUUGCAAAUUUGAGUUUUUG